AUGGGCCCGAAUUCAGUAACCCCGAAAGAGGGGGAAAAGCGAGGAGCGAAGCUCGCAGCUCCGGACGACAUUGAGGGAGGGGCUGAUCGGCGGUGCACAGAUGUCCUUUUCAUGUUGGUCCUGAUCUUGGCGUGGCUAGCCAUGACCUACCUCGGCGUGGACGGCAUCUCCAACGGGAACCCGGACCUCCUCUUGAAUGGGAUCGACUACGAUGGCCGCAUUUGCGGCGUCGACGAUGGUGUCAAGGACAAGUCUAAGCUAUACUACAUCCGGUUUGACGGGACCGGCGUUUGCGUUGAGGAGUGCCCCACGGUUACGAAUUUUGACCACCUGUGGGGGUGCACGGACGAGUUUUCGGGGUUUACGGUGGACGAAGGCUACGACUGCUCCGACGAUCCAUUGGAGUGCGCGGCGAAGGCCGACGUGGACCCGACGGGAGCCGAGGAUGGGGGCUUCGGCGGCGGCGACGGGGCGGGGGUCUGCAUGUACCAAGUGGAGUCCGUCGACUUUGUCGGUCGCUGUGUGUUUAGCGAACCGGAAGUGCUGGACAAGUUCGUCGACGUCGGUGGGGACGUCGCCUACCUGCAGGAGGCCGCUUCGGAUGUCUACGCGGCGCGCGGGUGGAUAUUCGGAUUCGGCUUCUGCUUUUCUACGAUCCUAGGCUUCUUCUACCUUGGAAUGCUCCAGCUACCCGGACUGGUGUGCAUGAUGAUAUGGGGGAGCAUCGCUUGCGUGUUCUUCAUCCUCGUCGCGAUGGGGUUCGGCUUUGUGUCGCUAUCGGAGGACUGGGAGGGGGACGGCGAGCACACAGACACCCAGGUCAUGGGCAGCCGGGUGACCGGCUAUUUGGCCUACGGAUGCGCGUUUCUGUUCUUAUGCCUCAUCGUGUUCCUGAGGAAGCAGAUCGCCCUUGCCAACGGGAUAAUCAAGGAAUCUGUCCGCGCCAUCGGGACGGUGAAGAUGAUGUUUUUCAUGCCGUUGCUGCAGUGUGCGGCGAUAGUGGCGUUCCUCGUGCCGUGGGUCGUGUAUUCGGUCUACACGGCUUCCAUGGCAGACAUCACCACAGAAGAGGUGGCAGGCCUGACGGUGAAGAGCUUCGAAUACUCGGACGAGGUGGAGAAGCGGGGGUGGUACCUCCUCUUCGUGUUUUUCUGGACGACGCAAUUCGUCGUGGCCAUGGGACAGAUCGUCGUGGCCCUUACGGUCGUCAAAUACUACUUCACGAGAGAUGUCGAGACGGUGAACAAUGGCACAUUCUGGAAGUCUCUGAAAGAGGGUUUGAGGUUUCACACGGGAACGGCGGCGUUUGGUUCUCUCAUCAUCGCCAUCAUCAAGACAAUACGCGCGAUGCUGACGUACAUGCAGAAGAAGCUCCAGAAGUCGGGCAGCAAGGCCGCACAGGCGGUUCUGUGCUGCCUCUCGUGCUUCUUCUGGUGCCUCGAGAAGUGCGUCAAGUUCAUCAACAAGAACGCCUAUAUCCAGGUGGCGAUCUUCAGCACUUCCUUCUGCCGGUCCUCCAAGAACGCCUUCUGGCUGAUAGCCAGGAACCUCGGCCGUGUCGGUGCCGUCACCGUCGUCACGGACUUCGUCGUCUUCAUUAUGAAGCUGGUGAUCGGCCUCGGGACGGCGGGGGCUACUUACGUGUUCCUGCAAAACUUCAUGAAGGACGACCUGUACAGCCCCAUGGGCCCCGUCUUCUUCGCCGGGGUCAUGGCGUACUACGUCGCCUCCUCGUUCGCCGCUCUGCUUGGAAUGACGACGCUCACGAUCCUCCAGUGCUUCAUCGCUGACGAGGAGAUGUUCGAGGGCGAGGAUCGGUACGCCCGCAACGACCUCAAGGACUGGCUUGAUGCUCACGGGGUGAACGAGGAACCCUCUUCACCGCGCACGCCUAAGAAGAAGGGGGGAAGGAAGGGGGGUGAGGAGAAGGAGGGGGGGUACGCGGUGGAGACUGGUACAGCAUAG